AUGGAUCGACUUCUGAUAUCUACAUUGGAAUCUCUUUUAAGAUUUCCGGGUUAUCCUCAGGGAGAGAUUAUCCAGGAUGCAUCCGUACUAACAUGCGGCUGUCUAGUGUCUGAGUCACAAUUUAAUGCCUUACAGACAUCUACGAAUCAUUGCCCAGUAUGUUUUACAGAAUCUGUGAGAAUAAUAUCAGAGGUAGCACCACUUCGUUCGUUGUAUAAAAUUAUUACUGAGCUCAAUGCUCGAAUGCCAGAGAGUAAUCCAAGUUCUCUACCAAAGGUCAGUAGUACGUCUAAAAAGAGUUUCAGUGGUGACUUCAAUGAACAACAACAACAACAACAACAAUCUACCCCAAAAGUUGCUGAAUCCAUGAACUUGAUAAGUUUAUUUUAUAAGUUUGCCAAGGAAGAGUCCAAUUCUAAAUCAAUACCACUGACUGGGAUUUCAACGACACAAAUUUCUGAACUGUUUGGUAAUAAUGAGACUUCAUUGGGAAAUGUUUCAGCGUCCACUGUACAGCCAAUUACCAUUGAAUCACCUUCUAAGCCCGAGGAAUUGGAGGAUCCUGCGUCGUAUAAUUCACUUUCUGUGUCUCCAUUCAACGAAACAUCAAUGAGUAUUGAUAAUGAAGAUCAAUGGAAAUCCCCAGUUCAGAAUUAUGAUCCAAAUUUUGUCACUAGUAUUGGUGAAGAAAGAGAGUAUAAUUUCUCGAAAUGCUUCCCAUUUUAUAGGAAAUUAUCGACUUUCCCUACACAACAUGUGAAAAUGAAUCUUUCAUCAUUUUCGAGUUCUUUUAAAUCUGGAUCCAUGAUGAAGAAAAAUAGUAGAUUUAUUGGGAGUGAUAUUCAUAGUAGAAUUGACUUAUACACUGGUGAGGAAAUCACUAGGUUUGUGUUAAUUUCAGAAAAGAAAUGGGAAUUGUAUGAGUAUUCCAUCCAAGCUGGAGAACGCCGUGACUCAUCAACUGCAAAACCUAGAAUGAUCUGUUGUGGCAAACUGACAGGGGAAUAUGGUAAAGACUAUAAUAAUCUUACCAGUGAUCCAGGUGAUAAUGAAAUUGUUAUUCGUAAUGAUUUUGGAGGUCUGGGUAAUUCUACUUCCAUUGGAAGAGAAAAUUCAACUUCAAAAGAUGAAAAUAAAAAGAAAUUGGCUCAAUGGGAUCAAUUCCAUUGUGCACUUUCAAACAAUUAUUUAAUAAUAUCCGGAACAAAGGGAGUGAUGAGAGUAUUCAAUAUUUCAGGAAGUAUUGAAGAAUUGGGUAAACCCCUCUAUACAUAUUUCACAAAUUUCCCUAUCAGAUGUAUGAAUAUAUCACCAGAUGAAGCAGUGAUUGCAUGUGGUAUAACUGCAAGAGAAAGAGUUUCAGGUAAGGAACAACCUUUCAUUAUUUUGCACAAGUUGAAUCCAAAUGUGUCAGCGAGAAAUUUACAAUCAGUGGAACCAAUAACAAUCACAAUUCCAUAUAGAGAUCCAAUAAAGUUUAUCAACUUUAAUUCUACUUCACAAUUUCUCAUUUGUUGCACUGUUUGGGAGUCAAGGUAUUUAAUUAUAAGACUUACUAAUGGUGGUCAAAGUGUAAAUUAUCGAAAGCCAAGGUUAAUAUGGUCAGAAUUGAGCAAGAGUAGAAAGAAAUCGAUGGAUAUGAAAGAUGGAACUGAGCUUGAUUCUCAAAAUAAAGAUGAUAGUGAUAUGAUGAUGGGGAAUGAAGGUAUAACAGAUUUACAAUUUGGUUCUUUACAUUCGAAUACGAUUAUUUUGACAUCUUGUUCACUCACAAGUCGACCACCAUUAGUUAUCAGAUUGGAUGGUGUAUCCAUCGAUGGUACACGAGGGUCAAUUGGAACUGCUGGUACAGGAUUUGGGGGUACUAGCAGUGUAAAUAGUCGAACUGGCCAAGAAAACGAUGGAGAUGAAGAUAUUUCUCAUAAUCUGAUCAUAUCAUCAGAGACAAUAAUGAAAAUCCCUGAAGUUGGGUCUACAAUUCAUAGAUUUGCUCUCCUGCCUCGAGGUGACGGGAUGGUUUUCUUGGAUAAAGAUGGACAUAUAUUUUUAGUAUCUACUCCAAACUUUCAACUUCAUCCAACAUCUCCAAUGAAAAAAAUUGUGGUUCAAUUAGGAGAGGCUGCAAACGCUGAAAGGCAUUCAGAAUCAGCGUCGAUCAAAUUCUCCAAUGAUGGAGGUAGAGUGUUUGUUGUGGAUAGAAAGGGUAUAUUUCUGGUUUUCGAUUUUACAAAAGGUAUUCCUGGUCAAGAUUUGGAUGUUGUAAAGUGUAAAAUUGUUAAUAUAUAG